AUGCAAUUCAAGACUGUCGUCCUCGCUUUGACCGCUGCCUCUGCUGUGUCUGCUGCUAACGCUACCAACGGUACUAACAAGACCAACGGUACCUCCUCCUCUGCCAGCUCUAACGCUGUCGCUCCAGUCUCUGCUGGUUUGUUCGGUGCUGUUGCUGCCGCUGGUGUUGCUAUGUUGUUGUAA